UAGGAUAAACAAAAUUAAACAAAAUGUAGAAAUUAUAGUUACACAACAAGAAAAUGCAAGAUUAACUACCAUAAUUUUACUACAAAAUAAUUUUGUAGCUAAUUCCAAUCUAUAUCACAACCAUAUAAUCAAAUUACGAAUAAUUAACUAAUGUUUAGUAUGUAUUUAUUUUUUAUUUAAUAUUUUCUAUUUACUGGUGUUCACUCUCAGAUACUGUGUCACUCUCACACUCACCCAUAUUCGUCUUGUUCUCCGUCUCCGACUGACCUAUCCGCCUCCGUCUCCGACUGACCUAUCCGCCUCCGACUGACCUAUCCGCCUCCGUCUCCGACCGACCUAUACACCUCCGUCUCCAAUUGCCACCGUUUUCCUCCGAAUUUGAUUGAUCUCAUUGUCUUCUGACUCCGAUCGUCCUAGUUCAUACAUCUCUGAUCGAUAACUCCACGCGCCGCCCUCAACAUGAAGCAAAGAAAAAAAAGGAAGUAGCUGCACUGUGAACAAUGAAAAAGAGAGUGUGUUGCUCUCGGUGACAUAACCAACGACGUUGUUUUCCGAUACAACCAGUCACAAGCAGAAGAAGAAUAAGAGAAACUUCGCAAAAUCUUGGUACCAAAGAAGGUGGAAGAUCCUCAGUUAUGUGAACCCUAUGUUACAUAAUCACGAUUACCUUCGUAAUUUGAAGGUUUCUAUCUUUGAAUGAUUUAAGUAGACGGGAGUUGUAAUUGCUUGGUGUUUCUUCAAUGCUGAUUGCUUCGGGGCAGAAGCUCGGCACACAACGCGUUCGAUGAAAUGUCAAAGUGAAAGUCAUGAUCGUUCCUCGAGGGUUCAAAAGGAAACAAAUUUGGAGCUCGGAAAGACAUCAGUCAGAUCAGCUUCAAAAUGUUGCUCUAAUUGUCGGAUCGUACUGACAACACCGCCAUUAAAAGAUAGGACAAAGAGGGAUCCUAUGCGGUGUUCUCAUUCAUUGGUCUCCAAGAAACAGAGCAAGCUUGCUAACCAUAGAGGGGCUGUAGAUGCUAAAUCUGGUGGAAACUAUAACCAGAGCAAUGGAAAUGAUGUACUUUUUAGGGGCAGUUCUUCUAUGAUUGGAAGAGAAGGAUGGAGUUCUGCACUAGUAGAAGUACCUUUUAUGAUGGGGAAGCAGUAUUACCGGGUCUCUGACAGCACAAGAAACUGGUACCCGACUCUGGGUCUGUACUUUCAAGUACACCAGGAGGUCUUAACAUGGCUGAAGCUUUGGUACAUACUCCAUAUCGAGCUCUGUCAAUUCCCCAGGUUUUGGUCAAAAUCCAGAGGCUUGAAGAACUUGCUCUUAAGCAGUCAAGACUGUUGAUUCCAAUGACACCAUCAAUGCCUAAGGCUUCGGUGAGUAAAUUUUAUUUUUAAAAAUUACUUUCUUGGUUUGAAUUACAAAAAUUGGUCUGCUUUAGGGUUUGCCCGGGCACAUAAUUUCCUAAUGUGAUUUUGCACUUGUGUUUGAUCUUGUUUUGGUGGGGUGCUAUUUAAUGGUAAACAAUUGUGUUGAAAUUGAUAAUUUGGAUAAGUACCAAGAAUAUUAAAAUUCAUGCUUUACUGAGGGUGUGUUUCUAGAGAGGACAUUAGACUUAGAAUGAGCAAAAUGUCAAAGAAACUAUUAACAUGUAGUUUGACCAGUGUAUAUUUUAACUUGAUCGAUUGAAAAAGUGGUUAUAGUGCUUCUGUUGUGAUUUUAACUUAAUCUUGGUUGAAUCUAUUGAUUUUGUUACUCCAAGUUAUGUUUUCUUGCUGGAAAUUAUAUUGGUAUCUUAUUUGACAUGCACGUUUAUGAUGAAACACAUUUUGUAAUUUCAUGGUUUGAGAGGCCAGUCGUUUAUGAUGUCUGUGCGCGUCCCCAUCUAGUUGAGAGUACAUUUGGGAUUCUUGAUCUUCAGAUGGUAAAUAAUAUAUACCAGUCCUGGAAUUGAAAUUUGAUAUCAUUGAUUCUUUAUAAUUACUAUUUAAUUCAUCGUGCUUGACAGAAUAAGUUUUCUUAGGAAGAAUUAGGCAUUCUUUUAGCAUUUGCUUUUCUUCUUUUUCCCCUCCUUUAUUUGUGAUGGUUUACCUGUCUAGACAUCAUUCUGUGUCUCUCUAUUAUAUGCAUUAUUCAUACUGGACCACUUGCUAGUUAAAGAAGUUAUAUUCUGAAUCCUCUAUCGGUUCCAUUAUGUUUGAGUGUUUGACACUGUUCCAAUUUCCAUUAAUGUGAAACAGAAAUAGAACUGCAUCCAGAUUGUAGAAAGUGCAUUCACAAUUUCAUUAUGAAUUUGUUUGGAAGAGCUUAUAGAAGUUAGAUUUUACGUAGUUUAUAUUGAAGUUUACUUUUAUUACCUCUCCCGUUGUAGAAAUAGCUUUUACAUAAACUCUUAAAUGACAAAUGUUUGUAGAAUAAAACAUAUAAGGGAGCUUCUAUCUUAGCAUCCCUUUAUACUUAGGAAUUUUUAUACUUGGUUAGCCGUUUCCAAUUUGCAAUAGCUUUGUUAAAGUUUGGAACAACUGCUUGUGGGUUAUUUUGUUUUUGCAUGAAAUGGCCAUUUUCGAUAUAUCAUGUACAGAUGGUAAGAUUUUAAAGAUUAAUGAUAUAAUAAUAUCUGGUGUUAAUUUGAAUUUUCUCAUCGAUUGUGAACAUUUCAAUUCAUAAGUUCUUUCUGGCUUUGGUCUUUGCAGAAAUAAUCUUCACAAGUAUGCAAAUGAAUAUGAAAAUAACAGGUUUUGUGUAUA